AUGCGUGUUCCACCGUUGAGAUCAUUAAAUGAUUUCCUCUUUUCAUACUACAGCGUACCAGAUAUGGAAUCAGUAAACGAGCGUUUUACGUCAAAUAUGCUAUAUUAUCAGACUAAUUAUUUCCUUAUUACGGCCAUUCUAAUAGGGAUAAAUUUUCCUGUUAGUGUCUUGGUUAGCUCGUGCGCUCUAGUAUUUGCGAUAAUGCUGUGCAAUAACCUAGACAGCUGGUGGCCUUUUGCUUAUCGACCUUCCAGGACAGUAAUCUAUGGCAUUGUUUGUACGGCCAUCUUACUGUACAUGCUACCUAUGAUGACUCCUACUAUUCUCUGUUUGGCCUCGAUUUCACUGGUCUGCAUAGUUAUUAUGCUGCAUGCAUUGCUUCGUCAAAGGAACAUGAUGAAUAAGGUAACGCGGCUGUUGGACGCCAAUGUUCCUGGUCGUUACAGAUCUCCGAUGGGAUUACUUUUAGGAAAGCAUGGGGAAUGA